AGCUAGGCCUAAACUACAUCCCUAAUUAAUUGCUUGUCUAUUACAAAGAAGAAUAGAAGGUAAAGAAUCUCACAUCACUAUUCACUUCUGAUUUGAGAAUGGAGGAGGCAGAAAGCUCUGCUUCUAUCCACAGCUUCUACGACCGAUACUAUUCCACUAAUAAUUCUGAAGAAGAUGAAGAAGAAAAUGAUGAUCAUCGAACCAAAAGCCGCAAACACGCACCAAUCUUAGAAGAAGGUGAAGAUCGAAUCAGCACCUUACCUGACUCCAUCCUCCUCACCCAUCCUCUCCUUCUUGCCCACCCAAGAAGCUAUCAAAACAGGCGUUUUAUCCAAAAGAUGGGCCUAUCUUUGGACCUCCGUUCCCUCUCUCAGUUUCGUGCUCGAAGACCCUCACUCCAAUGGAUAUUACAACAAACGCUUUGAAAAUUUCACCAAAGAGAUGGAUCGCAUGGACGAUUUCAUCAGUGCCGUAGAUCACACCCUGCUUUUACACAGGGCUCCUAAACUCACAAGCUUCUCAGUUCGAUUCAGGUACACGACAAGCCGAAAGGCUCGCCUCGAUCAUUGGGUUCGUUUCGCCACAACUGCCAAAGUAAACCAACUUAGUCUAGAUUUAUUUUUACGACAUAUUGUUGAUAUCGAUCUUGAAGGAUACCAAUUACCUCAGCAUCUCUACGCCAAUGAGUUUGUUUCUAAAUUCAAUUUUAGUUACUGCAUAAUUUUCCCUAAUGGGUUACUACAUUGGAGUUCACUCAAGCACUUGUGUAUUGGGCAAUCGGCCUUGUGCGAUGAUGUGAUAAGGGAAGUGUUAAUGGGUAGUCCUAGACUUGAAUCCUUGGAAUUGCAUGAUUGUUGGGAUUUUAAUCGGUUGGAUAUAGUGUCCGAGAGUUUGAGAAAGUUGGUGAUAGAAAGCUAUAUGAUAGAUAUGUUGGAAGGUGAUGUCCGUGAGUUGGAAUUGGAAAUUGUGGCUCCAAAGAUCCAUUCUUUGGAAAUUCUGGGGAAUUUUGAAAAGAUUAAGUGUCGGAUAAAGGAUGUGUCGGCAUUAGUUGAGGCUAAACUCGAUUUUGACAUGCGGAAGAGUCAUACUUAUGAUUACCUCGCCGAGUAUAUUAAGAAGUAUUAUGAGGAGGAGGAAGGUUAUAGGGAGUACCAAGACAUUGUGAGAGACAUUCUUGACAGUGUGCAUCAUGUCAAGAAACUCACUGUUGGCAAUUGGUGUCUCAUGAUUGUAUCUAUAAUGUCAGUGAAACAUCUGCCUACUCCAUUGUCAAAGUGCCAAUGUUUAACAAUUGUAACAAGCAUGGAAAAAUGGAGCCUUCCUGGCAUUGGAAUCCUACUUCAAAGUUCGCCUUACGUGGAGACAUUGAAUAUUGACUUCCCACUCUCCUACGUUAUGAAACCGUUGGCGUAUCUAGUAAGUAGAUAUGAUGAAGUGAACCAUUGGAAAUCAAAGGAGAUCUAUUUCAAGUUUUUGUUACAAUGCCUCAAGUCUAUCAAGAUCAAGCUUUUUUAUUUUGAAGGAAUCCACACAAAGGAAUUCAUUUUCUUGGUACAAUUUCUACUUACGAAUGCAAAGGUGUUGGAGAAGAUGGUUAUCACUAACGUUGUGCCUAUGCGAAAUCCAACGCCUAAUAUGCUACUUAAAUCUCUACGAGUAGCUCUAAUGUUGUUAAGUUUCCCUAGAUCCUCUCCUCAUGCAGUGGUUAUGUUUCCAUAUCAGUAAAAUCAUUUUAAGUUUUUUGAUCCUCUUAAACAAUCAAAGUCACAUAAAUACUAUGUAUUUAUGUAGAUUAUUCUGGUUCAAUGAACUCAAAUCUUGCUAUGAGUUUGCUUUAAGUUAUGAUUUCAUAUA